CUCCCGUCGCUCCCCCGCUCCCCCUGCCGCCGCCGCCGCCGCCUGCCAGCCCCUGAUGUGAUGGCGCAGAAACCCCGUUGACAAGGCACUGCUUUUUCAUGACGUUGUCAUGGAUGAUGAUGAUGACUCGUGUCUCCUUGAUCUUAUUGGAGACCCACAGGCAUUGAACUAUUUUCUACAUGGACCUAGUAGCAAAUCUAGCACUGACGACUUGACUAAUGCAGGGUAUUCUGCAGCCAACUCAAAUUCAAUUUUCGCCAACUCUAGCAACGCUGAUUCCAAGUCAUCCCUCAAAGGUGUGAGCAGCCAGCUUGGAGAAGGAUCUAGUGAUGGACUCCCACUUUCAAGUAGCCUUCAGUUUCUUGAAGAUGAGCUUGAAUCCUCUCCUCUUCCUGACCUCAGUGAGGAUCAACCUUUUGACAUUCUCCAGAAGUCCUUGCAGGAGGCCAAUAUCACUGAACAGACUUUGGCAGAAGAGGCUUAUUUGGACGCCAGUAUAAGUUCUAGCCAACAGUUUGCACAAGCUCCGCUUCAUCCUUCUUCAUCAGCAUCCUUUACUCAGGCUUCUAAUGUUUCUAAUUACUCAGGUCAGACGCUGCAGCCUAUAGGAGUGACUCACGUGCCUGUUGGAGCAUCGUUUGCAAGCAAUACAGUGGGUGUGCAGCAUGGCUUCAUGCAGCAUGUGGGGAUCAGCGUGCCCAGCCAGCAUUUGUCUAAUAGCAGUCAGAUUAGUGGUUCUGGUCAAAUACAACUCAUUGGUUCAUUUAGCAAUCAGCCUUCCAUGAUGACCAUUAAUAACCUUGAUGGAUCUCAGAUCAUACUGAAAGGCAGUGGGCAGCAAGCAUCUACAAAUAUGAGUAGUGGACUCCUGGUUCAUAGACAGACUCCUAAUGGCAAUUCGUUGUUUGGAAACUCCAGUUCAAGUCCAGUAGCACAGCCUGUAACUGUUCCAUUUAACAGCACAAAUUUUCAGACAUCUUUACCCGUACAUAACAUUAUCAUACAGAGGGGCCUUGCACCAAAUUCAAAUAAAGUCCCAAUUAAUAUCCAACCAAAGCCUAUUCAAAUGGGUCAGCAAAACACAUACAAUGUGAACAAUUUGGGAAUUCAACAGCACCAUGUGCAACAAGGGAUUCCUUUUGCCCCUGCAAGCUCACCCCAGGGCUCAGUAGUGGGUCCACAUAUGUCUGUGAACAUUGUGAAUCAACAGAACACAAGAAAAUCAGUUGCCUCACAAGCAGUGAACAGCACGGGAGGUAGUAUUGUUAUCCACUCACCCAUGGCACAGCCUCAUGCACCCCAAAGUCAGUUCCUCAUUCCCACAAGCCUUUCUGUCAAUUCAAACUCAGUACACCAUGUCCAGACCAUCAAUGGGCAACUUCUUCAGACUCAGCCUUCUCAGCUGGUGUCUGGUCAAGUGGCUUCCGAGCAUGUCAUGUUGAACAGGGGUUCCUCUAAUAUGCUUAGGACCAACCCAUCAUAUUCGGGGCAGAUGCUAAACAACCAGAAUACUGCUGUCCAGCUCGUGUCUGGGCAGACAUUUACAGCAUCUGGUAACCAAGUGAUAGUCAAUCACACACCUUCUCAGAUUGUUGGUGGACAGAUGCCCUUGCAGCAGGCAUCGCCAACCGUGUUACAUUUAUCACCUGGCCAGAGCAAUGUCUCUCAAGGAAGGCCAGGCUUCCCAGGACAGUCUGCUGUCACGAGUGUCUCUGCCCCUGGUCGGUUCACAGUCGUCAGCUCCUCCAGCACAGCCCUUCCUAACCUUGGACCCUCAGUCCAGUCGGCAACAUCAGCAACAAACUUUAAUGGAGACCAACUACCCCAGCCCAACCGGACUCCGGGGCCAGCCAGUGUGUCUCAUCGUCUUCCAGUUUCCUCAUCCAAAUGUAUUGGCACCUUCAGUAGCACCCCAGGAGUAGGGACCCAGCCCCAGGUCUCCUUUUGCCAGGCUCAGAAAAAAAGCUUGAACCAGACUUCCCCCGUUUCAACUUCCAAGACCCCAGAUGGCUUGAGACAAACGCAAAUAACUGGUCUCUUGAGUAACCCAUUGCCAGGACAGGAUUCUGGAAGCAAAGUCAUACAACCACCCUUAGGAACACCACAGCCACAGCAGGAAAAAGGAGUGGGAUCAUCACCAGGACAGCAAAAUGUACAGGUGGAUAGUCAUACAGUGGGACAAAAGAGACCUGCUGCAAAACAGCUAACUAAAGGAGCUUUUAUUCUCCAGCAGUUACAGAAGAAUCAAGCCCAUGCUGUGACGCCAGAUAAAAGCCAGUUCAGGUCUCUAAAUGAUGCGGUCCAGAGACUCCUUUCUUAUCAUGUGUGUCAGGGAUCCCUGCCAACUGAAGAGGAUUUGAAGAAAGUGGACAGUGAAUUUGAAUCAGUUGCCACUCAACUUCUCAAAAGGACCCAAGCUAUGCUUAACAAAUACAGAUGUCUGCUUAUAGAAGAUGCCAUGCGGAUAAAUCCUUCUGCUGAGAUGGUGAUGAUUGACAGGAUGUUUAAUCAAGAAGAAAGAGCUUCUCUGUCCCGAGAUAAACGCCUGGCCCUUGUAGACCCUGAUGGUUAUCAGGCCGAUUUCUGUUGUUCCUCCAAACAACUAGAUAAAGCCACAGAAGAGACACAGUUUGGCAGGAGUGACCAGCAUGGCAGCAAGGCAUCAAGCUCUCUGAACCUGGCAGUGGCCACCAAGGUCCAAAGCAGAGACCGAGCCAAACUAGGCGUGGCAGAACCAGCAAAUCAUGACCAGCCUCAUACAGUGCCUAACCACAUUAUGGUCUCCCCAGGAGGAAAUAUUUCUAAAAAAUCAGAAUGCCUUGGCAAAGCCCUGAAAUUUGACAAGGCAGGUACAGUCCAGUUUGGGUGCACAGCUGAAGAGAAGGUAGUCAGGAGAGACUCCGCCAGGGGCAGUGAGUGCUCUCCAUGCUCUGAGGGCCCCCUGAAAACCUCAUCCAGACUAGAUCAUGGUAUGGACAACCAGCGAUCAAGUAAUACUAUUGAACCUCACUCAGAGGGAACAUGUAACAAUUCCCUUCAAGACAAAACUCUGAGGAAUUCUCCAAAGAAUGAGGUUCUACACACAGACAUCAUGAAAGGGUCGGGUGAGCCCCAGCCAGAUCUUCAACUCAGUAAGAGCUUAGAAACAACAUUCAAAAAUAUCUUGGAACUCAAAAAACCUGGGAGGCACCUCCAAACUGAUAUGGCUGGCAGUGGUUCCAUCGAGUUAGAUUUCCCCAACUUUUCCCCAAUGGCAUCUCCAGAAAACUGCCUGGAAAGAUUCAUGCCGGACCCCAGUGAAGGUGGUGUAGAAACUGACUCCAUUUUAGAAGCAGCUGUAAAUAGUAUCCUCGAGUGUUAAUAGAAGCAGUCCCCUGGGCAAGUUAAUGUUCUCUCCUAGCAAGAACGAAUGGAAAGCAUCCCCUAACUCCAGCCAGCCUGAUCUUUCAUCACAGGUCACCCUUUUAAACUCAAUCCUGUUCUGUGUUUGAAAGCAAUACUCGUUGUGGUUACAGGGAGAUACCCAGUAAAGCUCAUCCUUGUUAGAAAGCAGUCUCAUAGGCCCUACACAUCUCAAGUGUUAGGAUAGUGCUUAUGGUCGUUUUUGUUUUGUUUUGUUUAAAAAAAAAAAAAACACUGUAACUCAAUGAGAUCACAGUCCACUAGGCCCGAAGUAAAAU